AUGCCGCUGAGAAGCAGCCAGCGCUCAGGGCGGCUGCCCCCGGCCAAGCCUGUGGAGCAGAGGGGACAGGGCCCGCCGGGUCGCUGCAGCACGCACACCCUCAUCUCAUCUGACCGUCUCCAGUACUCGGCGCCUGUCUUCCAUGCCAGCAAACCCCUCUUGUCUGGGGAAACUGAGGCUGGGCCCCCCACAGUGUGGGCCCAUGGCCGAGUGCUGGUCCGCCGGCUGGGCCCCCAGGCCCAGGGCUCCGGGAGGAGCGCCCAAGCAGCUCAGGGGCGUGCCUGCGGCCAGCGGGGCUUGCCCGGGAAGAUCAUCGGCGGCGCCGACGCCCCGGAGGGGAAGUGGCCUUGGCAGGCGAGCGUGCACUACCUGGGCUUCCACGUCUGCGGCGGGUCUGUCAUCCACGCGUCCUGGGUGCUGUCGGCCGCCCACUGCUUCAGCCGGCACAUGAACGUCAGGGCGCUUGACGUGUACGUCGGCCUGGUGGACCUUGAGGUCGCCGGCAGACAUACUCAGUGGUUUGAGGUGCACCAGGUGAUCCUGCACCCCACCUUCAAAAUGUACCACCCAGUUGGAGGCGACAUCGCUCUGCUGCAGCUGAAGUCCCCCAUCGAAUUUUCUGACUCUGUGCGCCCAGUCUGCCUCCCACCCCCAGACGUGGACCUUCUCAACCUUUCUUGCUGGACCACAGGAUGGGGACUCAAGGCGCAGAAAGGCGAGACCUCCAGCAGGCUCCAGGAGGUGGCCCUGCCCCUGAUCCCAAAGCUGCUGUGCCAGCUGCUGCACGGCCACCCCUCCUACAUCCUGCCAGACAUGCUGUGCGCCGGCGACCUGGAGAACACCAAGACCGUGUCACACUGCAGCCAGGCAGGGCGCACCCCGCAGCGUGCGGGCCCGAGGGGGGUCCCCGUGCUGGCUGCCCUGCUCAGCGAGAGCCAGUGGGGGUUUCCGGACAUUCAGCCGUUCCGGCCUGGACAAGCUGCGAGUGUGUGGGAAGAGCCUCACGAGGACCCCAGCCAGGAGGCCUUCCUGCGCGCGACACAGCGCGUGUCUGUGGGCGCCGUGCUCCGGGGCGGGGG